AUGCUGUCCCAGUCUCCUUCACAACCUUCUCGGGGCUCUCGUCGCUCGAGUGCUGGAGCCAAAACUCGGGUCUGUGUCCAUUGCGGGCGCAGUUUCAGAAGGACGGAACAUUUGGAGCGACAUGUUCGCACACACACCAAAGAAAAACCGUAUAUAUGCUUCUGUGGCUCCGCAUUCACCCGACGAGAUCUGUUGAAGCGGCACACAACCAUUGCACAUCAAAGUACCAGUGGUCUGGUUUCGCCGAAUUCGCAACCGGAUCACGAAGCUUUGGACCAUGCCAAUAGAGCCGGGACUUCAGAGCCUACCACUAUCCCACCCAACUAUAACAAUGUUCAACCAACACCGCGUCCAGAUGUUCCUAUCCCCAUGCCGCCGAUUGCAGAACAGUGGGCAGGACAGCAACGUGGGCCAUACAUUGAGCAGGAUCGCAAUGCUGUUCUAAAUACGGGGACUAGCAAUGCAGGUGAACUUGGUGCGCAUGCCGGCGCAGUCGGUCACGAUGCGGAGAUUUUAGAAGCUGCGCAGCUUCUUCUUCCGGGCAAUUACCGACAUGCACCACCUCCAGCCCAACCGAUCCCAUACCUACAUGAGGAACUGAACCAUUUCCAGGAUUUCACGCAUUUUCUGGACUCGAUAGGUCUCCCGUCAGAGUGGGUGCCAGCAUUUGGGGACAUGUCUCAGAUUCAAAACCCCGUUUCAACUGAACAACCCGAGUUUAGCAGAAGUUCUGGGGAACAACACGAAUCCUCAUCGCGUCCGCGCCAGUCUGAGAGGUCACGGGCCGACUCGCCUUUCCGGUCGUGGUUGCCGUCCGUACCUCCAGGAGACCAAAGCUUCGCAUCUGUAUCUGACUACGAGCCUCCUCAAAUUAGCAAGAGCCCAAUAUCGCUCAAAGUUACAGAAGAGCAGCGGCAGCGUCUGGCGGCCUCCUUGGACGAGUUCCGUUAUCUCAUACCAGAUUUUGUCUUACCGUCGCGUCAUACGUUGACAAGAUACUUGACUUCCUUCUUUUCUGGCUUCCAUACACAUCUUCCUUUUCUCCAUGUACCGACAUUCCGGGUCAACGACCGAGCUCCAGAGCUCAUUCUAGCUCUCAUGACAAUAGGCGCUCAAUACCGCUUCGAGCACCGUAAUGCUGAGAGACUCUUUUAUGCAGCCAAGGCAAUAGUAUUAUACCGACUGUCGAAGGAGUCAAGUUUACCACCCUUUAAUUCAAUCCUUCAGAUACCAUUGAACAGUAUCCGGGACUCAUCUCAGCGCUCGGGCCAGGAUCCGUUACUCUCGUCGCCAGAGUUUGCCGCAGGAAUGAACGCUUGGAGGAGAAUCGAGACUAUUCGCACCCUGUUAGCUUUGAUGGGGUACUCUACCUGGGAGAAGGCCGAGCUUGUUCAAGAAGCGUUUGGCCUACAGAAUCUGCUCGUUCGGUGCUUGCGAGAACUCGGGCUCAUGGAGAACAUUACAGUUGCCCCACGGCAUUCUCCUUUGCAGUGGCAUGAAUGGGCCGAAGAGGAAUCUAUAAGACGCACUCGAUUCAUAUCAUUUUGCUUCGUUCACGUUCAUAGUAUCGCAUACAACAUUUACCCAGUGCUCCGCAGUAGCGAAGUGCAUCUGCGUCUCCCGUGUUCCACGCCGGAAUGGAAAGCCGCCACAGCCCACGACUGGGAGGCCGCUCAAAAGGAGGUGGACUCUCAGCAACUAUUCUUUCAGGAUGCCUUGGCACUAUUGCUGCAACCUUCACGAAAUCCAGUACUUCUAGAUCCGAUCCCUGCGCCUUUGGGUAAUUAUAUUCUGCUUCAUGGCCUACUUCAACGCAUUCAUCUUGUGAGCGAGCUAUCUAUUCCGAAUGGGGAUCAGUCAUUCUCACUUCCGACCGAGGAGUUGAAUAAGUUAGAGAGAGCACUCCGGUCCUGGACUUCAGUUUGGCAACAAGCCCCCGAAUCAAGUCUUGACCCGCAUAAUGAGAAUGGGCCGAUUCCGUUCACUUCCAGUUCACUCUUGGGUUUGGCAUAUGUCCGCUUGUCUCUCAACCUUGGACCGCAUCGUCAGUUGGAGACACGGGAUCCAUAUCGCAUUGCCACCGCGAUACACAGGUCGCCGCGACCAGGAAGGAGCUAUAGGUUGACACCUGCCCUCAUUUAUUCUGCACACGCACUGAGCAUUCCCGUACGCCUGGGUAUCGACCACGUGGCACGCAGUCAAGCCUUCUUUUGGAGUGUUCGUCACUCACUUGCUAGUCUAGAGUGCGCUGUUCUUCUCAGCAAAUGGCUUAUGUCCCUGGCUGAAACUGGCAGCAGCCAAGCCUUGAGCGAGAACGAGAAUCGGAUAUUACAUUGGACGCGUUGCAUUGUACAAGAAGCUUACGAAUCAAUGGAUCUUGAAGACGGGGAAUCGUUCCCUAGCCAGGAUCCCGGAAGUCUUGGGUUGGCUGUCAUCAAGCUUUGGGCUCGACUCUUUCGGAAGAAUACCCAGUGGCCAUUCAUCAACGUACUUGGGGAAAGCCUAGAGCGGUAUCUCGCAUUUAUUCAACCCGGUUAG